GGGAAUUGAACCCACGUCUCCCACAUUGGAGGCGAGAAUUCUACCACUGAACCAGCACUGCACUGAUUAAGAGUAGAUCCUUUAUUCACCAUGGGUGGUAUUUUCUCUUCUCCUUCUCAUAAUGAACAACACCAAAAUUUGCUUUCCAGUAUGGAUGAGUAUUUUAAGAAUUUCAAGACGGAAAACAAAAUCCUCUCUGAGGAAACCAUCAAUUUGAUCAAGUCAAACUUGGAAAAAGGUUACAUUGAUAAUGUGAGUACUGUACUUGAUAAGGCACUAAAAGAAAUUGAUAGUGCCCCACUGAAUAUUGCUGUGACAGGGGAAUCUGGUACAGGAAAGUCCAGCUUCAUCAAUGCCCUGAGAGAAGUUCGGUGUGGAGAAGAAAAUGCGGCCCCCACCGGUGUGGUAGAGACGACCAAGAAGCCAAUUUCAUACGAACACCCACGGUUUCCCAAUGUGAAAUUUUGGGACUUGCCUGGCAUUGGGACCACUAAUUUCCAACCACAGUAUUAUCUGCAGAGAGUAAAAUUUGUUGAGUACGACUUCUUUAUUAUCGUUUCUGCUACACGCUUCAAAGAUAAUGAGGCACAACUUGCCACAGCCAUUAAAAGUAUGAAAAAAAAUUUCUACUUUGUUAGAAGCAAGGUGGACAUCGAUUUAUAGAAUGAACAGCGAAAUAAACCGAAGAACUUUGAAAGAGAAGAAAUCCUGCAGCAGAUCCGAGACAAUUGCUCGCUCUGUUUUGAGAAGAUUAAGAUGGAUGUACCACAAAUCUUCUUGGUCUCCAGCAAUGAUGUAUCUAAGUAUGAUUUCCCAACCCUGACAGACACCCUAUUAAAAGAUCUCCCUGCUCAAAAGCGCCAUAUUUUAAUGCUUUCCCUGCCCAGUGUUACUGAGGAAGCCAUUGAAAUAAAGAGGAAUUCUCUGAGGCAGAAGAUCUGGCUGGAUGCCUUGAAGGCUGGUGUGUUGGCCACUUUGCCUAUGGUGGGCAUCAUCAAUGAUAAUGAUGUAAAGAAGCUGGAGGCAAGUUUAAAGGAAUAUCGAGUUCUAUUUGGGGUGGAUGAUAUUUCUCUGCAAAAUUUGGCUGAGGAUUUGCAAGUGCCUGUGGAGCAACUCCAGGCAAUCAUUGAAUCUCCAACUUUGUUGGAAAAAAAGGAAGAUAAAUCAAUACGGGAAACGCUUUUGAAAUGUUUGGAGAAGUUCUGCUCAGCUAAUGGAGGUCUCCUUGCUACAGGUCUUUACUUUAGAAAAAACUUCUAUUUGCAAUAUCAUUUCCUUGAUAUAGUGACCAAUGAUGCUAAAAUUCUGCUUAAAAAGACAUUUUCAGAAAAGAAGCUGAUGUCUCAUUAGAAUAAUACCAUCUGAAAGUUGAAUUUCAAUUCAUGAAGAAAAAAUUUUGCAAUGUAGAUCCCUAAACAAUGUACUGGGCGUGUUGAUGAGCCAAGCCUUCAAUUCAUCCUUAAUUAUUGCAUGUCCGUGUUAGCUGAGCCCUGGGUAGACCACAGAUAAAUACCAUUCAUCCACUUUUAAUAAACUGCCGCGUCUGAUUAUUCUCUUUUUAUAAAAUGACUAAUCAACUUCUAAGAAUCCUACUGAGUCAGAUUCUUUCCUGGGAUAAUAAAGGAAAAAUCUGUAAUUCUGUGCUGAGAGGUGAAGCAUUGUUCCCAUCUGCUUGAGUAAGGGUUGAACCUAGUGACUAGCUUCUAACAAUAGAGAGUGGAAAGGAAAAAUUUUGACUUUAUUCACCAGUGACCAAGUUUAAAAUAAACGGUAAUAGGCCAUAUUAAUCUCGUGUGUCCCCUGAUAUGAUGUGAUGGAAAGUGCGCACCACUCCUGUGGUAUCCUUCCUCAAAAUUCAUAAUUUCUUCCGAUCAUGAGAAAACAAACCAAGAAUUCUAUAAAAUACAUGACCAGUACUCUCGGAAAUUGUCAAAUUCAUGGGGGGGGGUGUGUGGAAAAAAGACACAGAAACUUUACAAACCCAAUCAGAUGAAAGAGACAUGAUAACUAAAAUGCAAUUUGGUUUCCAAGAUUGGAUCCUGACACAGACAAAAAACAGUGGAAAAACAGAUGAAAUCCACAGUUAUCUUUCAACUCCCUCCACCCUGUGAAUCAGCAGAGAUGUAGAGACAGGUGGGGAAAGAAGGGGACACUUGCCCCUUGGGCACAAGUCCAAAGGGGUGCCAGACGAAUUGCAGAAUGACAUUCCAAUGCACCACAAAUAUGAAGGACACCUGACUGAGGUUGCUGGACAAGAGGGAGAAAGGCAUUUCUGCUGACGGGUGGCCAGUAUCAACGUCUAUGCGUCUUGAAACUGGGGGGGGUGCGGGUGAAGGGGGCAACUUAGAGAUUGCCCCUGGGCACUUGUUACC